AUGAAGUACAUCGUUGCAUUUGCACUCUUGUGCGUCGCCUUGGUUGCUGCCAAGUCCAUCUCCACUGAGCAAAGCCAAUUCCGUGCUUUCCAAACAAAGUACAACAAGCAAUACACCAAUGAGGAGUUCACUUACCGUUUCGGCGUGUUUAAGAACAACUUGAAGGUGAUUAGAAACAUGAACUUGAAGUCCAAGGCGCAAAAGUCCACCGCCACUUUUGACGUGAACGCUUUUGCCGAUCUGACCGUCGACGAGUUCAAGAAGUACUACUUGAACAGCGUUGUUGCUGAGCGCGAUAUGAACGCCCCAGUUGCCGCCGACGUCCACGUCGACGCCAUGCCAACCAACUACGACUGGGCCACCCUCGGCGCCGUCACCCCCGUCAAGAACCAAGGCCAAUGCGGUUCCUGCUGGUCAUUCUCUGCCACCGGCAACAUUGAGGGCGCCUGGUUCCUCGCCGGUAACAACCUCACCGGACUCUCUGAGCAGAACCUCGUCGACUGUGACCACGAGUGCAUGCAGUACCUCGGCGACCACGUCUGCGACCAGGGCUGCAACGGAGGUCUCCAGCCAAACGCCUACGAGUACAUCCUCAAGAACGGUGGCAUCGACACCGAGGAGAGCUACCCAUACACCGGUGUCACUGGCACCACCUGCAACUUUGACGCCUCCAACAUUGGCGCCAAGAUCAGCUCAUGGACCUACGUCUCGUCCAACGAGACCACCAUGGCCUCGUACCUGUAUGCCAACGGCCCAUUGGCCAUCGCCGCCGACGCCCUCACCUGGCAAUACUACAGCGGUGGUGUGUUUGACUUCAAGGAGUGCGGUUCCGUCCUCGACCACGGCAUCCUCAUCACUGGAUUCGGUGUUGACACAACCAACAAUGAGCCAUACUGGAUUGUCAAGAACUCCUGGGGUGCUGACUGGGGUGAGUCUGGAUAUAUGCGUAUCAUCCGUGGAAAGGGUCUCUGUGGCCUCAACACCUUUGUUACCGCCACCCAGAUCUAA